AUGGACAGAAUGCACACUGCGUUACAAGGCAAACUAGUCGAAUCUAAGGAACUUGUUGGAGGCAAACGAAGGGAAUUGGAGGUCAGCCGUCAACACGACAGCUUAAACCAGAAUUUUGUACACAAAUCAGCAAACAGUUUCCGUGAGGUUACUCCAUCGACUCGAACUCAGAUCCCAAACAAGCUUGCUAAGUACAACGAGGAGAAUCGUCUCGAUCCGCUUUAUGUGUCCGUGAAGCAGGGCCAUGGCGGUAACUCCCCUCUUCCCCCAGCACUUUCCCCUGCCAGUUUGUCUCCUUCUCAUUCGUCCGUUUUCAACACGUCCUCCCGCCCCUCUCCUGCUCCUCCCGUCAUAAUAGAAGAAGAUGCUUCAUUGUCAAGUGCCCACUCCAACCCAUCUUCUAACAAUCAAUCCGCGGUUCCAUUUUCGGUCUAUCCAUGUGCUCCUGUUUUGCCGUCAAAGCCUUAUGAACAGCGGAAUUGUGCCCCUUGCGAAUGCUCGUCAAGCACGUCAGCAACUUCAUCCUCAACUACAUCAAGUUCGGAAUCUUCUGCUCUGGAUGAUCAGUCCCAGUCAAAGUUGCCUACACAGCCAAACGGACUUCCAAUUUUAGAGAAGAUGUCUGUUUCGUUAGUCUUACCUGGAGUAGGCUCGCCUUUGCUGCAGAACAAAUCCCCUCCGUCACAGUCCUCCACACCAAGUAUACAAUCUCCCUCAAAGCAACCCGCUAGGGUAGAAGCUUCCGAACAUGGCAAACUGCCAUCUCCUGUAGCUGCCCCAAAUGUGGCAGUGGAAGUAAACGCUCCGACAAAGAAGCCGCCCCGUCGGGCUCCUGCCAAAAGGAGACGAGUUCAAAAAAAAAGAUGGUCACGAGGUGAGGAAUCGGACUUUGAGAUCGGUGGCGGAAGGAGAUCUUCCAUUUUAAAACGUGCCGAGGAGAGUGCCCACAGAACUUCAGCAGCUCGCAGGCGCUCUGGUCGAGGUAGCGCUGGCACUUCACGUAACAAAGCUGGUGCCAAUGCCAGAAUAGCUGCAGUCAACUCUCGUCGGCGCUACCUUGAGUCGCCGUUUUUCUGUCUCUGUCAGUCCUCCGUUCCAGCACCACCUCCGCCAUCCUCCUCGGAACCUAAUGCGCCGACCGACGAAGGACCGAUCUUUCCAGCCCAUGUAAUUAACCCCGCAAUCAAGGAUUGUGCCAUCUCCGCUGAAGAUAAUAUCGACUGUCCGGUUCUCCAGGCCGCCGCAGGAAACCACCGGAAGCCAUCGACGGAGAUAUCAUCGGCUCCUACUUCCGAGUUACAGGCUUUUUUCACUUCUUCUCUUUACAAGCCCGCUCUGAGGCCGAGUGCCUCCCGCGACCCCCGGAUCCCAGACUCCUACUCCGAAGCAGCGUGCCCAUCGUGGCGAUGCGUAUUUUGUGGCGAGUCGCCGUCCUUCUUGCGUCUUGGUCCAAUCUAUGGGCCGUAUUUCGUCACGCCUUCAACUCAAGCGCGUUUUCCACCUUCCCCGUCUCUUCGACUGGUCAUUAAGGCUAUAUCACCCCCAGCCAAUGGUACAAUCUCAGUUAGAAGCGUGCAGCAGACACCACCGCCAAAGCAACAAAAACGGAGGCUCGGGAAAUCGAGAAAGUCAACUGAUAUAGCCACUGCCGAAACAAAGGUCGAAACAAUGCGAAUCGGUCGGGACGGGGAGGUCUGGUUCCAUCUGGAGUGCGUACUUUGGGCACCAGGGACGUACAUCCAAGGUGACGGUAACAUCGGAGGUUUGGACGAGGCUGUCUGCAUGGCACUGGAGGCAGUACGUUCAGUUUCAUGUGCCUUCAAUGGGCUUGAAAAUACUUUUCUUGUCUAUCUGCUCACUCUUCGUUUCUACGGACUUCGGAUGAUCAUACUGAUCGUGCUUUUGAAAUGCUUAUAUUUUCACUUACCUGAUGGCGAUUGUGUCAACUUCUCCUUGGGUUACUUUGUGGCAUUUUUCGCGGGCAGUCUCUUAAGUUCUGUCCCUUUUCCUCUUAAGUCUUGCUCUCACUGCAAGAAGCCCGGCGCUAUCCUCAGUUGUCGUAGCAGGGGCUGCGGUCUUUGCUACCACUACCACUGUGCGCACCUAGCCGGUGAGUUCUUUUGUAUCGACUUUGUUCCUUUUUUCCGCACCUUAAUUUGGGCACUGCUGUUAAUGGGGUCUUACGCACCUCGCCUCUCGGGAAACAACCUUAUGAAUCUGGCGUUGGGGGUUUUCCUGCGCAUGUAA